UAGAACAGGCCCUUGUUUCACUCAGGUCAACAACCAGAUGUGUCAAGGCCAACUGACUGGCAUUGUAUGCACGAAGACACUUUGUUGUGCAACCAUUGGACAUGCAUGGGGCCAUCCAUGUGAGAUUUGCCCUGCUCAGCCUCAACCAUGUCGCAGAGGUUUCAUCCCCAACAUCCGUACUGGUGCAUGUCAAGAUGUUGAUGAAUGUCAAGCUAUCCCUGGAAUUUGCCAAGGAGGAAACUGCAUCAAUACUGUUGGUUCGUAUGAGUGCAAGUGCCCUGCUGGCCACAAACAGAAUGAAGUAAUACAGAAAUGUGAAGAUAUUAAUGAGUGCAGCCUUAUUCCAGGAAUUUGUGAUGCUGGCGAAUGCUCUAAUACUGUUGGAAGUUAUUUUUGCCUCUGUCCUCGUGGCUUUGUAACAUCUACAGAUGGUUCACACUGCAUUGAUCAACGAGCAGGAACGUGUUUCUCUAGCUUGGUGAAUGGCCGCUGUGCUCAAGAACUUCCAGGGAGGUUUACCAAACUGCAGUGUUGCUGUGAAUCUGGGCGAUGUUGGGCACUUGGAUCCAUUCCAGAGAUGUGUCCUGUCAGAGGCUCUGAUGAAUAUCGCAGACUUUGCAUAGAUGGCAUUCCAGCUGUAGGUGGUACCAGGCCUGGUGGUGCAGGAGCAAAUGGCUUCCUUCCUGGUGGAAAUGGAAAUGGCUAUGGCCCAGGUGGAACAGGAUUCAUCCCUAUUCCUGGAGGAAAUGGCUUUUCUCCAGGUGUGGGUGGGAUUGGUGUAGGGACUGGUGGUCAGCAUCCCACAGGAAAUGGCCCUAUCAUUACAGGGCUAACAAUACUCAAUCAAACAAUAGAUAUCUGUAAGCAACAUCCAAAUCUUUGUUUAAAUGGGCGCUGCAUACCAACCAUUUCCAGUUAUCGUUGUGAAUGCAAUAUGGGCUAUAAGCAAGAUGCAAACGGAGACUGUAUUGAUGUUGAUGAGUGCAUAUCAAAUCCAUGCUCUAAUGGAGACUGUGUGAACACACCUGGAUCCUAUUAUUGCAAAUGUCAUAUAGGUUUCCAAAGAACUCCUACAAAGCAAGCUUGCAUCGAUAUUGAUGAGUGUAUUCAGAAUGGUGUCCUUUGUAAAAAUGGUCGUUGUGUGAACACUGAUGGAAGCUUCCAGUGCAUUUGCAAUGCUGGUUUUGAACUAACCACUGAUGGGAAAAACUGUGUUGAUCAUGAUGAAUGUACUUCUACCAACAUGUGCUUGAAUGGGAUGUGUAUAAAUGAAGAUGGCAGUUUCAAAUGCAUAUGCAAACCUGGGUUUAUCUUGGCUUCUAGUGGGCGUUAUUGUACAGAUAUUGAUGAAUGCGAAACACCAGGAAUUUGCAUGAAUGGCUAUUGCAUUAAUACUGAGGGGUCAUUUCAUUGUGAAUGUCCACCGGGUUUAGCUGUUGGUGUUGAUGGUCGUGUAUGUGUAGAUACCCAUAUGCGCAGCACAUGCUAUGGUGGGAUCAAAAAGGGAAUAUGUGUUCGCCCUUUUCCUGGGGCGGUGACAAAAUCUGAAUGUUGCUGUGCCAAUCUAGACUAUGGAUUUGGAGAGCCUUGUCAUCCAUGCCCUGCCAAGAACUCAGCUGAAUUCCAUGGUCUGUGUAGCAGUGGAGUGGGAAUUACUGUUGAUGGAAGAGAUAUUAAUGAGUGUGCUUUAGAUCCUGAUAUUUGCUCCAAUGGAAUUUGUGAGAACCUUCGUGGCAGCUAUCGUUGUAAUUGUAACAGUGGGUAUGAAUCAGAUGUUUCAGGAAGAAGUUGCAUUGACAUUGAUGAAUGUUCUGUGAACAGAUUACUUUGCGACAAUGGCCUGUGUCGAAAUACACCUGGAAGCUACAGCUGCACAUGUCCAAAGGGUUAUAUUUUUAGCAGUGAGACUGACACAUGUGAAGAUAUAAAUGAAUGUGAAAGCAGCCCUUGUGUCAAUAGUGCCUGCAGGAACAAUCUUGGUUCUUUCAUCUGUGAAUGUUCAUCUGGCAGCAAACUAGACUCCACAGGCUUGAUUUGUAUUGAUAGUUUGAAGGGAACAUGUUGGCUGAAUAUCCAAGACAAUCGUUGUGAAGUUAACAUCAAUGGAGCCACUCUGAAAUCUGAAUGCUGUGCUACUUUGGGAGCUGCUUGGGGUAGUCCUUGUGAACGCUGUGAAUUAGACACAGCAUGCCCAAGAGGAUUUGCCAGAGUUAAAGGAGUUUCCUGUGAAGAUGUGAACGAGUGUGAAGUGUUCCCUGGUGUGUGUCCCAACGGACGAUGUGUUAAUAGCAGAGGAUCUUUUCAAUGUGAGUGUCCAGAUGGCUUGACUUUGGAUGGGACAGGCAGAUUGUGCUUGGAUAUCCGCAUGGAACAGUGCUACUUGAAAUGGGAUGAAGAUGAAUGUGUUCAGCCCGUUCCUGGAAAAUUCCGGAUGGAUACUUGCUGCUGUGCUGUAGGUGCUGCUUGGGGUUCAGAUUGUGAAGAAUGUCCUAAACCUGCCACCAAAGAGUAUGAAAUAUUGUGUCCCAGAGGACCAGGGUUUUCCAAUCGAGGAGAUAUUUUAACUGGCAGGCCAUUUUAUAAAGAUAUAAAUGAGUGCAAAAUGUUCCCUGGCAUGUGCACAAAUGGCAAAUGCAGAAACACAAUAGGAAGUUUCAGAUGUAGGUGUAACAGUGGAUUUGCUUUAGAUAUGGAAGAGAGAAAUUGUACGGACAUUGAUGAGUGCCAUAUCUCGCCUGACCUCUGUGGAAGUGGUGCCUGUGUCAAUACUCCAGGCAGCUUUGAAUGUGAAUGCUUUGAGGGUUAUGAAAGUGGAUUUAUGAUGAUGAAGAACUGCAUGGAUAUAGAUGAAUGUGAACGUAACCCUCUUCUCUGUAGAGGUGGCAAGUGUGUGAAUACAGAAGGAAGCUUUCGGUGUGAUUGUCCUCUGGGUCAUGAAUUGUCUCCAUCACGUGAAGACUGUGUGGAUGUUAAUGAAUGUUCUCUGAGUGAUAACCUGUGUAGAAAUGGCAAAUGUGUGAACAUGAUUGGUACAUAUCAGUGUUCCUGCAAUCCAGGGUACCAGGGUACUCCCAAUAGACAAGGCUGCAUUGACAUUGAUGAAUGUAUGAUUGUGAAUGGAGGCUGUGACACCCUUUGUACUAAUUCAGAAGGCAGCUAUGAAUGCAGUUGUAGUGAUGGUUAUGCCCUGAUGCCAGAUAUGAGGACAUGUGCAGAUAUUGAUGAAUGUGACAACAACCCAGAUAUCUGUGAUGGUGGACAGUGCACCAACAUUCCAGGAGAAUAUCGCUGUCUUUGUUAUGAUGGAUUCAUGGCUUCUAUGGACAUGAAAAUAUGCAUUGAUGUGAAUGAGUGUGACCUGAAUUCAAAUAUCUGUAUGUUUGGAGAGUGUGAGAACACCAAAGGAUCCUUUAUUUGCCAUUGCCAGCUGGGCUAUUCUGUCAAGAAGGGAACCACAGGAUGCACAGAUGUGGAUGAAUGUGAGAUUGGUGCCCAUAACUGUGACCUGCAAGCCUCAUGUGUCAAUGUCCCAGGAAGCUUCAGGUGUAGCUGUAAAGAAGGAUGGAUUGGAAAUGGAAUUAAGUGUAUUGAUCUUGAUGAAUGUUCCAAUGGAACUCACCAGUGUAGUGUGAAUGCUCAGUGUACAAAUGCUCCUGGAUCUUAUCGCUGUAUCUGUGCAGAAGGAUUUACUGGAGAUGGAGUUACUUGUUCUGAUAUCGAUGAGUGUGCAGAAAAUAUUAAUCUAUGUGAGAAUGGACAAUGCCUGAAUAUUCCCAGUGGAUACCGUUGUGAAUGUGAAAUGGGCUUCACCCCAGCUUCAGACAGUAGAUCUUGCCAAGAUAUUGAUGAAUGUGUCUUCCAGAAUAUCUGUGUAUUUGGUACUUGUAAUAACUUACCAGGAAUGUUUCACUGUAUUUGUGAUGAUGGAUAUGAAUUGGAUAGAACUGGAGGAAAUUGUACAGACAUUGAUGAGUGUGCUGAUCCUAUCAACUGUGUUAAUGGUUUUUGUGUGAAUACUCCUGGAAGAUACGAAUGUAACUGCCCUCCAGACUUUCAGCUGAAUCCGACUGGAGUUGGUUGUGUUGAUAAUCGGGUUGGCAACUGUUAUCUGAAAUAUGGACCAAGAGGAGAUGGAAGUUUGUCUUGUAACACUGAAAUUGGUGUUGGCGUCAGUCGUUCAUCCUGCUGCUGUUCACUGGGGAAGGCCUGGGGAAAUCCCUGUGAGAUUUGCCCCCCUGUAAAUAGCAGUGAAUAUAAUACUCUUUGCCCAGGGGGUGAAGGAUUCAGACCAAAUCCCAUAACUAUUAUCUUAGAAGACAUUGAUGAAUGCCAAGAGUUGCCUGGUCUCUGCCAAGGUGGAAACUGUAUCAAUACUUUUGGCAGUUUUCAGUGUGAAUGUCCCCAUGGGUACUAUCUCAGUGAAGAAACUCGUAUUUGUGAAGAUAUUGAUGAGUGUGUUGUGCAUCCUGGUGUCUGUGGCCCUGGGACAUGCUACAACACCUUAGGAAAUUACACCUGUAUUUGCCCUCCAGAAUACAUGCAGGUGAAUGGAGGACACAAUUGUAUGGAUAUGAGAAAGAGCUUUUGCUACAGAAGCUAUAAUGGAACAUCUUGUGAUAAUGAGCUGCCCUUUAAUGUAACCAAGAGGAUGUGUUGCUGCACCUAUAAUGUUGGGAAAGCUUGGAAUAAGCCAUGUGAACCGUGUCCAACUCCAGGGACAGUUGAUUUCAAGUCACUAUGUGGAAAUAUUCCUGGCUUCACCUUUGACAUUCACACAGGCAAAGCUGUUGAUAUUGAUGAAUGUAAAGUCAUGCCAAGCCUGUGUACACAUGGACAGUGCAUAAAUACUAUGGGUUCUUUCAGAUGCUUUUGUAAAGUUGGUUACACCACUGACAUUAGUAGUACAUCUUGUAUAGAUCUUGAUGAAUGCUCCCAAUCUCCCAAACCAUGCAACUUUGUCUGCAAAAACAGUGAUGGAAGCUAUCAGUGUUCAUGCCCUCGUGGCUACAUCCUCCAGGAGGACGGAAAGACCUGUAGAGAUCUUGAUGAAUGUCAAACUAAACAACAUAACUGCCAAUUCCUUUGUGCAAAUACCCUUGGGGGUUUCACAUGUAAAUGCCCACUAGGUUUCACACAACAUCAUACAGCUUGUAUUGACAACAAUGAAUGUGGAUCACAGCCUUUGCUUUGCGGGUCAAAAGGAAUCUGCCAGAAUACUCCUGGAAGUUUCACCUGUGAAUGUCAGAGAGGUUUCUCUCUAGAUUCAUCUGGAUUGAACUGUGAAGAUGUAAAUGAGUGUGAAGGAAACCAUAGGUGUCAACAUGGUUGCCAAAACAUUCUUGGUGGCUACAGAUGUGGUUGUCCACAAGGAUAUGUUCAGCAUUACCAAUGGAAUCAGUGUGUUGAUGAAAAUGAAUGCUCAAAUCCUAAUAUUUGUGGCUCGGCUUCAUGCUACAACACACUUGGAAGCUAUAAAUGUGCAUGCCCCUCUGGAUUUUCUUAUGACCAGUUCUCAAGUGCAUGCCAUGAUGUAAAUGAAUGUUCCUCUGCUAAGAAUCCAUGCAAUUAUGGCUGUUCCAAUACAGAAGGUGGAUAUCUCUGUGGGUGCCCACCUGGAUAUUACAGAGUUGGACAAGGACAUUGUGUCUCAGGGUUGGGAUUUAAUAAAGGCCAGUAUCUGCCACUAGAUGGCGAUGAAGAGAAUGCCUUGUCUCCUGAAGCAUGUUAUGAAUGUAAAAUUAAUGGUUACUCCAAGAAAGACAACAGAAGGAAAAGGAGCAUCAGUGAAACUGAGCUUGAUAAGAUCAAUUUGGAAAGUUUGGACAUUGAUCAUCCAUUGAAGAUGAAGUUGAACAUCUCAACACUUGGCAGUAAGGAACACAUCCUAGAUCUCAUGCCUGCAAUACAGCUCCUCACAAACCAUGUUCGCUACAUUGUCUCUUCUGGUAAUGAUAGUAUCUUCCGAAUACACCAGGUGGAUGGGCUCAGUUAUCUUGAGGUUGCUAAAAAACAGGCUGUGCCUGGCCCUUACACACUGGAAAUCAUUAGCAUUCCUCUCUACAAAAAGAAUGAACUAAAGAAACUGGAAGAAAGAAAUGAGGACAACUACCUCCUAGGAGAGCUUGGAGAAGCUCUUAAAAUGAGGCUUUACGUUGAACUCUACUAAAACCUCCACUACUAAGUUCCACUUCAUGAAUGACCCACUUCUAUUCAUGUACUUAUCCACCUGAAGAUAUUUUGCUUUUCAAAAGCUUUAGAGAAAUCAAUGUUUUGGUUUUUGUAAAGACCAAAGACUAUAAUGGAUAAAGACCUCUGUAUAAUCUCCAUUCUGUCUGCAGAAUGGCCAUCUGAUUCCAAACCUUUGACUACAAUGCCAAUCAUGGUUACUGUAUCUUCUAUAUAACCUCAAUUUAAAAUAUAUUUUUAAAAAAUCUAGAAUGGACAUUCAGGUGGUCAGCUUAUGGCACUAAAUGGCACAAAAAUGUGAGUUACCCUUUUUUCAUGUUAGCAGUCUAACAUGUUAGGUAUUUUGCUAUAGUUCCUAAAUUAAAAAAGAGAUUUUAUUUAUUUUUAAUGCAGUAAUAUAUGGAGAAAUUAACAAUCUAUGUUAAAAAAAGGGAAACACACUUGUUUUUCUUUGAGAUUUUAUCAAUUUGAACUAUUAUGAGUAAGAGGCUCUUUAAAAAAAAAGAAAAACCAAUUGAUUCUAAAAAAUGUUUCCUGUCAUAAUUGUGCCAGUUUGUCCAUAUAACAUAAAAACCAUUUUUCAAAAUGCUAUAAUAGAGCCAGAUGAGCACUGUAGUACACUUCUAGAGGGACAACAAUGUCUUUUUCUAAACAGCAUUUAAAUCAGGACAUCAUAAAUGAGUAUGAACAGAAUACCAGUACCAAUAAGACUCAGUAUUAAUCACUCACCUCACAGUCAUAGGGACUAAGUUCCAUAACAAGGAAAGGCAAGAAUAGAAGAUGAUGCGCAACCACUGUAGCAAAAUACCUGGACUGCUUGUGGUACAUUAACCUUGCAGGCCGAACUGUACUGUAUUUCCUUCAGAUAACCUCAGUUUAUCACAUAACACCUCAUUCAUUACAAACUAAAGGUGCUCUACGUACUUGCAUUACUGUAGGCAGCUGAAUGCAAACCUUCUCUUCUUAGGAGGGGAUACCUGAUUUCUAAUUCUGUUUGGUGCUGGCUUGGAUUAAUGCUGAAAUGAAUAUGACUGAGCAGUUUCAGGGCUGCCAGAUGUGCACACUAUUCAUGCUGCACAG